GGGGAAGGGGUGCUAGGGGAUUCCCGAGCUAGGGCUCUGGAAUCGGGCGGGCCUUGCUUUUGACUGUUGCCAGGACUGUGCAUGGUAGGACUUGUCCCUGGCGUCAAAGGCAGAAACAACCGAGCCCCUGGACUCCUGCUUUACAUUGAGAGAGUUCAGGAGUGGGCGUUUCAUUUUUGUCCUGCAUCUGGGGAGCCUGCAAGGCUGUGCCCUUUGACCUUUGACAUCUGUGCAGCCCGAUACUCGAGGAAGCCAGAGGCUCCCUGUGUUCCUGGAGGUGGAGCUACAGGUGGUUACCAAGCUGUCUGACUGGGCACUGGGAAGAGAACUUGGGUCCUCUGCAAGAUGGUACACCCGUGACCACUGAGCCUCUCCAGCUCCUUUUGAACCUGACCACGGAAACUUGGAGAUUUAUUUUUCCCAUAAUACCAUAUCCAGAGGGAACAGUGCAGGGUACAGAAAGCAUGAACAAAAGGGAUUGGCCGUUCAUGAUGAUUCAGAGAAAUGACAGCUCAGAUAACCAGGCGUUCCAUAUGAAAAACGGGAUGAGAAACUUCAGGUAUAAGCCAGCAGACUACCAACAGUUAUAUGCCUUAACCAGAGCCAGGAAGCUAGCGUCUGCUUCCACAGAGAACAAGAUCAGAAAAGCUGUGGAGACUUCAAAGGCAGCUAAAGAACAAAUGUUGAUCAAACAGCACAAGCAAGUGUGGUGGCAGGAACAGGAGAGGCUGCAGGGAAUCAGAUGUAAAUUGGAGUCUGAAAUAAAAUCUUGUCUCAAUGAGGAGAGCAUUGGAAAUGAAUGUUUUUGUGAACUUAAGAGUUUUGAGGAAGAGCUGUCAGGACAAUGGUGCACGUAUCUCAAAGCUGUGAUCGACCCUAUUCAAAAGCUAAGAUCAGACCUAAAGAGACGGCACUACACUUCCCAGCAUUCACCCUGCCAUAAGGGCUCUAAUUCAGCAAUGGUUCUGGAAAAGGUUGACUCUGUCAGGAAACAAUCCAAGGCUGACUUUGAAAGACUUGAUCAAGAGCAACAGGAACUAGAAAAAGACCUAUCGGACUGGAGUGUGAAGCUACCAGAUUAUUCUACAGAUGAAAAGACUAACCUGCUCAGUGAACAGCCGGCAGAGUUAGAGACUUUGGAGUGCCCAUACCCUGAUCUGAAAUCGUCAAUCCUUAAUGAAUUCCGGAACUUUACAGAGAAAUAUCAAAAGAAACUUGAAGACUUUGAUAUGCAAUUAGAAGACAUACGCAGCUUUCAUAUAAACUUCCAAUUAAGUGAAGAAGAGCAGUGGAUUUACCAGGCUGUCUUAGACCAGUACCCUGGAAAUCUCCUUGGCAGAAGGACUCUGUACUUGGACAUGUUACAAAGAUACUUUCCUCACAAAUCUAGGCAUGAUUUGGUAGAACAUGAGAAGUACUAUGACCAGUAUCACUUUGCUGGAGAGCAGAGAAGAAUCCUGAUAGACAGCUGGACUAAGAGUAGGAAAGACUUUAUACAGAAAGCCAUGCUGACCCUCCUUGAGGCCUGUGCAGCCCAUGAAAUGGAGAGCAUGUUGGCCAAGGACAGAAAACGACAGCAGGAACUGUGUGCUGAUUUGAAAGCCAAGGUUUCUCAAUGGCGAGCCCACCAGGAAGAGCUAGCAAAACUGGAAAUGGAAAUUUCAGUCAGAAGAAGAGAAAGGGAAGAGGAGAAAGAGAAACUAUGGAAAAAGAAGGAAUUUCUACAAAGGGAAGAGACAAAGACAAAGAUAAGGAAAUACUGGGCCGAGAAACAACAGAAGUGGCAAGAAAUGGAAAUGAGAGAUCUCCAGCGUCUAGAAGAACUGAAGACAUUAAUGGCCGAUCAGUCAGUGAAAGACAGAGAAAGGGUUAAAUAUAGACAAGAAUUAUUGGAGAAGCGUUUGAUGGAGAGACAAAAAAUGGCCCUUCAAGAAGUUCAGGAAGAAGAAGAGAGAGAGAGGCGCCUGGAAACCCUUCGAAAACAGGUCGCUGUUGUUGUUCAAUCUGAUCCAGUUAGAAUGAUGUCAGAUACAAUGGCAUGGAAAGCUAGGAUGGGCACUGGAAGUGAAGAUGAAUUUAUCCUUCAAAAGCCACUCUUCACAUUGACUACAUACAAUGAGAAGCAGAUAACUUCUGAUCCUAGACUUCGAUUUGAGUUAGCGCUUCGAGAAGCUGGACUCCAUAAGACACUGUAUGCCAAAGAGAUACUGCCAAAAAUCAGUCCUCGGAAGCCUCCAAGGAAGGACACAGAGUCGACUGUCUUCAAAAUCUAGAGGGCAUAUGCAAAUGUCAUACAGAUGUGGAUAAUGACCAUCACUACUUCUAAAUUUUUAAAAACCACCAGAUAUGUAAAUCAUAGCAUCUAUUAAACAACUUUGCCUUUUAUAAUCUUCA